ACCUCGCGGCCCCCAAGCGCUGACCCGAGCGGGCUGCGGUCACCACUGGGUUAAGGUUCCCGGCGGGGGCGGGGCGGGGCGGGGCGGGGCGGGGGGCCGGGCGGGGAGCCAAUCGGUGUCGCCGAGUCCCGGGGCCGCGAGCCGGGAGCGCUGAGUCGCGAGCGGUGAGCCCAGCGCGCCGGGCUGGGGCCGGGCCGGAGCGCAGCGGAGAAGGAGCGCUCCCGCCCCAGCCCCGAGUCCCGCCGCGUCCCCCCAGCCGCAGCCGCCGCCGCCGCCGCCCCAGCCAUGGAGCCCGACAACAGCCCGCGCAAGAUCCAGUUCACCGUCCCGCUGCUGGAGCCGCACCUUGACCCCGAGGCGGCGGAGCAGAUUCGGAGGCGCCGCCCCACCCCUGCCACCCUUGUGCUGACCAGUGACCAGUCAUCCCCAGAGAUAGAUGAAGACAGGAUCCCCAACCCACUUCUCAAGACCACUCUGACUAUGUCUCCACGGCAGCGGAAGAAGGUGACGAGGACCACACCCACAAUGAAAGAGCUUCAGAUGAUGGUUGAACAUCACCUGGGGCAACAGCAGCAGGAAGAAGAGCCCGAGGGAGCAUCCAGCAGCACAGGGACCCAGGAGUCCUUCCCACCUGAGACCACAGAAGUGGAGCCAAGGCUGGGCGCAUCUGGGAAAGCACAAAGUGCCAGCCCAGAGGCCUGAAGCAACUUACUUAGCCUCCGUCUACAAAAUGACCAUGAUGGUGCCGAGUUCGCUGGGCUGUUUAUGAAAAUUGAAUGAGACUGGUUCUUAGCCCAGCAGCCGACGCAUACAAAGUAUGCAAUAAAAAGGAACUACUGCCCGUGGUCUUACUACCUGUCUAGGGUCCGUUAUCCCAGAUGUAUCCCAGAACUCAGUGUUUCUCUAAUUGGAUGAAGGUAACACAGUGUAUGUACUGUAUAUUACUUCAUGCCCCCAGCAGAGCACCCUGUAAUCAAACGCAUUAAUAUUCCUGCAGUGAAACGAAUGGGCCCACUAAAUGGGCUAAGUAAAGACUAGAAAGAGCCUCAUAUAAACUCAAGUCAUAUAAACACA